GAGCGCAGCGCUGCAAGGAGAGGAGAGCGCAGCGCAGCCCGAGGCCUGCGGGGCCGGACACCCUGCUACUGAUAUCAUAGGGUGCGGGGGGAGGGGGCUGGGGAGCUCACACUGGCCUGCACCAGGUAGUGUUGGCACAGACUGGCACUAGACAGGGUGCGGUGUCAGUGAAGACAGGUACCUAGUAAGAAAUCAGUAUUGAUUGUAGGCUGCAGGGUUCCUGUCCCUAGACAGUGUCUGGGCCCCGUUUGGGGUGUGUAUCUAUCCCUUGCUGAGGGUAGCAGGCGCAGAGCCCACGCAAUGGUAUAGUGCGGGUAUGUGAGCACCGGCAGGCCGUGCACCGGCAUCACAUUUCUCCCCCUGUAGCGCCCACUUAAUCUACAGCGCUGUACAGUGACAAUCCAGCGGUGCGUGCGUGCCCAGAGCACUGGGGGUGUAACAGGGCACAGUGUAUAACCCAGCUCCAGUGCCCUGCUGCCCGGGCAUAGCCUUCUGACCGCGGCUCCCAGCUUCAGCACCAGCCGCCCGGACAGCGCCUUAUGGAGCUUCCUGUCAGCCGUCGUUCUACGUCCUCCCCAGAGCGGCCUGACCAGCCGGAGCCGGGGUGUGGGCUGCUGGAGCUGGACGAAGAGCUAGUGCUAAUGGCUGCAGAAGGAGAGGGGGACCCGGAGGAGGAGGCCGAGGGCUUCGGGGAGGACCCAGCUCUGCUCUCGGUCAUUCGGCAGAAGGAGAGGGACCUGAUGCUGGCGGCCCGGCUCGGGAAAGCCCUGCUGGAGAGGAACCAGGACCUGAGCCGGCGGUACGAGGAGAUGCAGAGGGAGCUCACGGAGCGCCUGGAGCAUCUGGAGCAGGAAAAGCAUGAACUGAAAAGGAGGUUUGAGAAUCGUGAAGGAGAAUGGGAAGGGAGAGUGUCCGAGCUGGAGAGUGACGUAAAGCAGCUACAGGAAGAGCUAGAAAAGCAGCAGGUGCACCUGAAAGAGGCUGACCGCGAGAAAUGCUCAGCUGUCCAAGAACUCUCAGAACAGAACCAAAGACUUUUGGAACAACUUAAUAGGGCUACAGAAAUGGAGAAGCAGCUGUCUGUACAGGUGAUUGUCCUUCAGGAGGAGUUCCGUGAAAAGAGUGUAUCUACAAGCCAACAUAUAUCACGAUUGGAAAGUUUACUAGCAGAGAUAAAGAUGCUUUCUGAUCGGAAGCGGGAGCUAGAGCAACAGCUGAGCACUAUAAUGGAAGAGAACGAUCAGCUUCAGGGAAUUGUGGAGGAACUACACGACCGAGAGUUAACCCUGAGUCAACAGACUUGUGCCAAGGAAAUGCAGCUGGGCGAGAGUCAGCUGGAGUUGGAAGAGCUACGACAUUCUUAUCGGCAGCUGCAAAUGAAAAUGGAGGAGCUCAGAGAUGAGAAGAGUCUCCAACAUCUAAACAGCACAAGUACCUCACUGCUGUCAGAGAUUGAACAGAGUAUAGAAGCAGAAGAACAAGAACAGGAACGGGAGCAGUUGAGAUUGCAGCUUUGGGAAGCACACUGCCAGGUCCGAUCUCUUUGCUGCCAACUUAGGGGAAAUGAAAGUGCCGAUUCUGCUGUAUCCACUGACUCCUCAAUGGAUGAAUCCUCUGAAACUUCAUCUGCCAAAGAUGUGCCUGCUGGGAGCCUCCGCACUGCCCUGAGUGAACUAAAGAGCCUUAUAUUAAGCAUACUGGAUACUUGUGAAGCAGCGAGUUCACGGAAAUGUGAAGAUGAUGGUUUGGAGGAGCAGAUUAAACGGACAAGUGAAGACUCAAAAGCUCUACGGGAGCUUUUACAAGGAGAACAAGUAAGAAUGAAGCAAACCUUUGAAGAACUACAACGACUUCAUAAACAGGUAACGUUACUGAGUGUGGAAAUGACUGAACUUAAAGAAGAAAGGGACCACCUGCUGGAGCUCACCCAGAAUAAUGAUACACGUGAACAGUUACUGAAGGCCAUUAAGGAUCGAGAUGAAGCUAUAGCCAAGAAAAAUGCAGUGGAAAUGGAGCUGGCAAAAUGUAGAAUUGAUAUGAUGUCGCUGAACACUCAAUUACUAGAUGCCAUUCAACAAAAGCUGAAUUUGUCCCAGCAGCUGGAGGCUUGGCAGGAUGACAUGCACAGAGUCAUUGACCAGCAAUUGAUGGACAAACACCAGAAGGAAUGGAGCCAGACUGUAUAUUCCUUCUCCAGUGGCCACCAAACCAAACAUUGUGGCAAGGUUACCACUCUGAAUUGCACAGAGAGGCCAGGAGAAGAGCCUAUUGGGUCUGAAGGAAGACGCCUUUUUUCAUUUCUUAAGAAAACAAAAUGUUAAAGUUAGUUACCCAACCUUUCCAUUGAAAUUGCUUUAUGAAUCAUGGCAGACAGCUGAGUAGUGGAAUACAGUUUGCUGGCAGUCAAAAAUCGGAAAGGCAUACUGUUAGUGAUCCAUAAAGCCAUCUGUGGGUAAGCAAAUCCUUAGAAUACCCCCAUGGACGGUCAGAAGCCAGCAGGCAUUUGGCUUAAGAGUUACUAGAAAGUAUUCUGCUCAGUGCCCUUGCUAAGCACCUUGAGGUACUUGUAUUUAUUUCAGAUGUAUUUUCUAUUGUGAACAAAUAACACUUUGUUCAGUGGAUUUUAUCCAUUAAGGACACCUUGCACUUUUAGAGCCAUCUCUUUCUGUUCACUCCAUAGCUUCCUUUAUAAACAGAAUUUAGCAGGUAUUACCAUUGUAGACAGGUCCUGAGCUGCUCUCGGUGCAAGGAACAGACUCCCUACCUCUGGUCUUCCAGACAGAGCACAGCACAGUGGAAUGGUUCCUACUGUUCCCUUCAGCUCAUGUACUGAGACAUGCUCCAUGUACAUAGAAGAAGCAGAAUUUUUAUAAUGAAUAUUGCAUACAGUUUUGGUUUUAUAAUAUACAGAUAUAAAGAGAAUGUCAUAUUUUAGUAUAAAAUUAUGCUCUUUUUAUUGUAAACUCUGGAAUAAAAUAUUUCUAUGAUUUUCCAUGGUCCCUCUGAACACUUUUGUCUAACACCCGUUCACAUCACGCUCCAUGUGUAUUUUUAUAGACAUUAAUAUAGACACUUUUUUCCCCAAAUUCAGGAUCCAUAUUUCACAUUUUUAUUAGUUUGUUCCUAUUUAUGAACAAGAUGGUACAAAAAUUUGGCAGAUUUUUUUCCAUUAUAUAGCUAUAUAUUUUUUUUCUUUUAACAUAAUGGUUCUUAGAUUGUAAUAGAAGACUUUAUAGUUCAGGAUCCAUCCAGCCUUUUUAUUAAAAACAAUAUGAUCUUGUGGUUGUCUGUCCUGCACUGGUCAAUGGGAUAGAUGCUUGGUUUUCUUUAGCAUGGUUUUAAAUAGUGACAAAAACUAAACAGCAGGGGUGCAAAUUAACAGCUAGGUCUAGUAAGUCUUACCCUUACAGGCAGGACUAAAAUCCAGGCAUGAGCCAAGGUUAAGAUGCCAACUGUCCUAAAUCUUUAAAAAUUUGAUCAGUUCACAUUCAUCACGCGCCAUGACAGAUUGGCGAUCGAAAGGCAAAAGCCAAAGCAAUAGGAGGGAGGCAUGGCUGGUUAACACAAUAUACAGUAUGUACAGACUCUUGUUAAUCAGUCCACGGGGUAGGCACUGCAACUGUCCUUUCCUAGCAGACGCUCCUGAAGAGCAGGGGUGACAAGGGGAUGACAAGGAUCCACAACACCUUGUUGGCACAGCAAUAAAAAGGUGCCAGCGCCUCUCAAUAGAAAACCUUGAGAAAAUUCUUAAAUUAA